UAAAUAUUCUGUUUCUGUUCAUAGACUUCAUACCACCGUCGGUCUAACAAUUAUUUUCCUAAACUCAAACGACUUAAAUCCAGAUGGUGUAAUAUUAUUGGUUACAGCUUUUAUUACAAUGAUCUUAAGAGUUCCAGAUUUUUUGGGAUUCCGAAAUUUAAAUACACGUCAGAUAUAUCCAUAAUUACAAAAAUCGAAUCGCCGAUAUAUUAGAAAUACGCGGCUUGCAUAUAGCUUCCCUCCAUUAUUGUGUUUUGAGAGGUGAUAAUUAAGGGAAUGAAUCAGGGAUUGAUGAUUAAUGUAAGCUGGAAUGAGAUCAAGAAGUGAAGCAUGCCGUUUUCAGCCGUUCUUUCUCCCAAUCAUCGACCUACUUGUCUUCCGCUUUACUCCAGGCUUUGCUUGGUGACGGUGUACCGGAAACAGAAAAUACCAGGAUUUGUUGUAACAAGCAGGAAAAGAAGAGGCCAGUCUCUGGGGAUCACCACUUCGCCGCAUUGUGGGCAGUCAAGUGUAAAUGAUAAUGGAGCAACUGAACCUGCGAUGAUUCUUCUUGAGAGGUUGUUUGAGCAGACACAGAAGUUGGAAGAACAGAUGGGGAGAGAUUCUUGCCUACCUCAGGAUGUUCGUCUGGGGUUUAACCUUGAUAUUUUGGAAUCUACUCUUCAGGGAGCUUUGGCUGCCUUGAAGAAGAAGGAAGAAGAUCUAGAAGAAGUGGAAAGAAGGGUUUUGUUGGAGCACAAUGAGUUAAACCAUGCAAAGGAGGAGUUGCAGCAAAGGGAGCAGGAAAUUUCUGUUGCUUGCUCUAGGCAUGAGAAGAUAGAAGAGGAGCUAAGCCAGUCGAAUCUCAAGUUGAUUUCUCAAGCUCGGAAUAUAGAAGACUUAAAACUGCGGCUUAAAGAAAGAGAUCAAGAGAUUGCUUCUGUCCAGUCUGCACUCUAUUCAAAGGAAGAUGAACUAGAAAAAAUGAGAAAUGAAUUGGAUAGGAAGAGUGAGGAAGUUGCCAAGAUAGAUUCUGAACUUAAAUCUAAGGCUCGGCUGCUGGAUGAAGCCAAUGAAGUUGUUAAGAAACAAGAAAUUGAGCUUCAAAAUCUCCGUAAAGCCAUUCAAGAUAAAGAAGAAGAGCUAGAAGUUUCUCUGACUACUAAGAAACUUGAAAAGGAGAAGCUUAAAGUUGCAGAGGCCAACUUGGAAAAGCGGACCAGCGAAUGGUUAAUAGCACAAGAAGAACUGAAGAAACUGGCAGAAGAGGCAUCUAGACGCAUGAGAGAAACUAAUGAAACCAUGGAAGACUUUGUAAGAGUGAAGAAGCUUCUCACCGAUGUAAGGUCCCAGCUGGUUUUUUCUCAGAAGUCUUUGGCAUCAUCUAGACAGCUAAUGGCAGAACAGGAGCAGUUGUUAGAGAAGCAACUAGCAGAACUUGAAGAACAGAAGAAAAGUGUGACUUCAUACAUGACUAGUUUGAAAGAUGCACAAAUAGAAGUUGAGACGGAAGGAAUGAAGCUUAGGGUUGCAGAUGCUCGAAACAAGGAGCUUGAACGUGACUUAUCCACAGAGCAAGAGCUAGUUAAACAGUUACAGGAUGAGUUAAAGAAAGAAAAAUCUUCUUUGCAACAAUCAAUCCAGGAGUUGUCCUCACUUCAAGAGGAGCUAGAGCAGAAGAAUUCUGAAUUUGAAGAAACACAGAAACUUCUUAAAGUUAAAGAGUCAGAUUUGGUGGAGGCUAAGCUAGAAAUCCAGCAUUUAAAAUCCAAGCAGGCUUCUCUUCAGCUUAUCUUGGAGGAGAAAGAUUUGGAGCUCUCAAAUUCGAGGCAAAAGUUGGAGGAAGUGAAUGCAGAGGUUGCAGAGCUUAAGGUGAUCAUGAGCAGUAGAGAAGAACAGCUUAUUCAAGCAACCACUAUGCUAAAUGAAAAAGAGGAACAUGUUCAGAUAUUACAAGACGAGUUGGAUGAUACAAAGCUGAAAGUCUCUGAAGCUGAAACCAUGAUUGGAAGAAUUGUUGAUCUUUCAAACAAAUUGGUUAUCUCCAUCAAGGAUGAAGGGUAUAAUACAUCAAGACCAAUUGAAUACAUGGACCCCACGUCAAUGCAGCAAGUUUUGGAAAAACCAAAUGAUAAUUUCAGGUUGCAGAAUAAACAACUAGAAACUGAGCUGGAGUUAGCAAGAGAAACCUUAAGAACAAAAGAGAUAGAGGUUCUAGCUGCAAAGAGAGCCCUCACAAUCAAAGAUGAGGAGCUCAACAGUGUUCAUAAUAGAUUAGAUGCUCGGGAGAAAGAACUAAAGAUGUUGAAGGAAGAAAUGCUUGAAGAUGCUAGCGAUUUGAAGAAGCUUUAUGCUUUAACACAAGAGAGAAUUGGGGAGAAAAGUGUAGGAGAUUUGGCCAUUGAAAAACUUCAACUGGAGGCAGCUCAACUGGAAGUUGAAGCUGCAAUGAGUGCUCUGCAAAAACUUGCUGAAAUGAGUCGAGACCUAUUGAAUAAAACUAGCUUGAGUAUUGAAACUGAUACUAAUAACACUGUCUUGCCGGAGAGCAGCUUUUAUCCUGGGAUUGAAAACAAUGAAUGCAUCACUGAAGUUCAAGCAGAAGUUGCCCGGCUUUCAGCUUUGACCGAGCAGCUAGUGAAAGAUGCUGGGGUUGCGGUUGAUCAGACUACCAGUAGAUUUUGUAAUAUAGCUUACUGACUGUUUUGUUUAUUAAAUCUGCCGAAUGUUUAUGGGGUAUUUUGUACCAUUGUUGUAGCACCAACCAUAUUGAUUAUUGUCUGUCAAAUGUCAAAGAUGUCCUUUGUUUUAUGGUCGAGUGAUAUCAAAAGUGUUUCUACUAAAUGAUAAUGAUAAUUAUGAUUUCAA